CACUGGCCUCGGGGGCGGGGCUUGGGCACAAGAUGGCCGCUGCGCGCCCGGAGCCCCAGAGUCCGAGCUCACCGACCCCGGAGUCGCGAUCCCAGGAGCCACCGGACCUGGUCCUGGUGCCUGAUGACGGCCGCCCUGGCACACCCCCGAGUGACCUCAUCGAGAUCCAGGUGGUGAAGGUGACAGACACCACGCUGGUCCCCGAGCCCCCGGAGCCAGGUUCUUUCCACUGUGCCUUGUGCCCUGCUGCCUUCCGGCUGGUUUCCGAGCUGCUGUUCCACGAACAUGGCCACCUGGCCGGGGCCGAGGGAAGCGGGCAGGGUGGGGACCCCAGCCGGUGCCACGUGUGUGGCCACAGCUGCCCGGGCCCCGCCAGCCUGCGCGCGCACUACAGCCUGCACACCGGGGAGCGGCCCUACCGUUGCGCGCUCUGCCCACGGGCCUUCAAGGCCCUGGCACCCCUGCUCCGGCACCAGCACCGGCACGGAGUGGAGCCGGGCACCUCCCGGAGGCCUCCGGACGCGGUGGCCACGGCAGAACAGAGUCCCGGGGUGGCCCCGGAGAGGGCGGAGGUGGUGAUGGCGGCGGCGGCGGCGGGCGCGGCCGUGGGGAAGCCUUUCGCCUGUAGGUUCUGCGCCAAGCCGUUCCGCCGCUCCUCAGACAUGCGAGACCACGAGCGCGUGCACACGGGCGAGCGCCCCUACCACUGCGGCAUCUGCGGCAAGGGCUUCACGCAGUCCUCGGUGCUGAGCGGCCACGCCCGCAUCCACACCGGCGAGCGCCCGUUCCGCUGCGCGCUCUGCGACCGCGCCUUCAACAACUCCUCCAACUUCCGCAAGCACCAGCGCACCCACAUCUUCCACGGGCCGGGGCCUGGCCUGGGGGGCUCUGGAGGCCAGCUGGGCUCGGCAGCGGCGGCUGAGGUGUUGGGGAGUGGGUGCGGGGCAGGGGACCCCGCGGAAGAGGGGCGCGGGGAGACUGCGAAGGUGAAGGUGGAGGCCGACCAGUAGGCUGCAGACCAGGGACAUGGGCUAGCUAAGGAGGACUUAGGAGGCCGGUCCGGGGGGCGGGGGUGGGGAAACGGAGGCCAAGGACGGAGGAGAGGAGAGAAGGAGAGAGGUGACAGCUACAGGGAUCGCUGUGAGCUGCCGGUGAUGGAGAACAGAGGCAGAUGGCCGGGCUCCAGACUCCCACAAGCCCACACAGCACCUCUGCCAGACCUAGGAGAGGGACAGGUGCGGCUCCGCAGGUGUGCGGCCACAGGCAAGGCCCACAGGCUGGAUGUCGCUGCUCUGACGGCUUCUUCGUUGGCUUGUCCUUGUACAAGACCCAGCCUGUCACGGCAGAGCCUGGGCACUUCAGAGGGGGAGCCCGGAUCCAAUGGAACAGGGGAAUUGGGGUCCACCGUGUUUUUCUGCUCUGGUCCUCCCUCAACUGAACCCUGGACUCUGGUGGGGCUCCUUGGGUGGACCAGGAUGGAGUCUCUUGCCUACCUCAUUGCACUGCACUGGACCUGGGAUGCCUACCCACUCUCAGGCAGAAGACACCCACCAGGUUGUCUGUGAAGAGACUCUGAGAUCCCAUCACCUCAAAGCCAGAGGGUCCCCAAGUCACAGCUGAGAUUGAGCCUCAAGGAUGUAAGCCUGACCAUAGGAUCUUGACCUCAAGUCAUCCACUUACCCCCAUGGUGGCCCGUCCUUAACCCAUCCACUCUUCUUUGGAGGCAACUGAGAGCACAUAAAGCAAGCAGCUACCUAGUAUCCCCUCCUGAAGGUUUAGGCUCAGAGCCUAUGGUCCCCCCUAAGCUACAAGGUAGCCUCAGGUUUCCCUCAUUUCCUCCACUCUCAGCUGGAAGCAAACAGCUUACCCCAUAGUCCCAGGCAGUCCCAAGGAAGGGCUGGCUGACGGCAUGACGGCAGCAUGGCCGGCUGGUCGAGGUGUGGAGCAAAGAAGUCACUGUGGCAGGGGCCAGAGGAGGGCUUGGGAGCUGGAGGUGCGAAACUUCCAGUUCUGUUCCUAUUAAAGGACAUUGUGAAGGGC